AUGCCCUUUCCCGCCAUUGCUCAAACUCAGAAAAACAUAGCCUUGGGCACGUCCCUCACUGCAAAAGACGGAAACUGCUGGACCUCACCAUCCGGCGAUUUUGCUUUCGGUUUCCAAGAAAUCGUUAAUCAUGGAUUCAUACUUGCCAUCUGGUUCAACAAAAUACCUGAAAGAACUAUUGUCUGGUCUGCCAACGGCGAUAAUCUAGUGAAGAAGGGAUCCAAAGUUGAACUCACAGAAGAUGGCAGGCUUAUGCUCAAAGAUACUUCAACAGUCGCACCAAUAUGGACAGCCGAUGCUGCAGCUAGUGGAGUUGCCUAUGCAGCCAUGCUUGACACGGGAAAUUUUGUGCUGGUCAACCAAGAUUCAAACAAUUUGUGGGAGAGCUUUAGUCAACCAACUGAUACAAUUCUACCCACGCAGACAAUAAAUCAUGGUAGCACACUCUUUGCUCGCCGCACACCAUCAAAUUAUUCACGAGGGAGGUUCCUGUUUACACUGGAAACUGGCGGAGAUCUCUCGCUUCGUAUUACAAAUAUCCCAUUGGAUUAUGUUAAUCUUCUUUAUUGGCCGCCAACAGGCACAAGUUACAAUGGUUUUCAGGUCAUCUUUAACCAGUCUGGAUCUAUUUACCUUGCAGCCCAGACCAGAAGCAUAAUUUAUAUGAUUUCAAACAAAACAGUUUCAAUGGAAGACUACUAUCAAAGAGCCACUCUCGAGUACAAUGGAGUUUUCAGGCACCACGUCUACCCUAAAAGCAUUGACUCGAACAAUGUGAAGGCGGAGCAUGUGGCUUGGUCCUCGCUUUCCUUCAUGCCUUCAAAUAUCUGCACGUCAAUCACGUGGUACGCAGGCCCUAGUGCAUGCGGGUUAAAUAGCUUAUGCAAAAAUGAUGAGGAGGGACCAGUUUGCUUGUGCCCGCAUGGAUACAGCUUUGUUGAUCCAAGCGAUGAGCUGAAAGGAUGCAGACAGAACUUCGUUUCACAAAGUUGUGAUGAAGCCUUGUCAGAAGAUCUUUUUUAUUUUCAAGAAAUGCAAAACACUGAUUGGCCUUUGACAUAUUAUGAGCAUUUCAAUAAUGUAAGCGAUGAUUGGUGCAAACAGAAUUGCCUAAACGACUGUUUCUGUGCUGCUCUCGUUUUCAAAGAGGAUGCCUGCUGGAAGAAGGGAACUCCUUUUAUAAACGGGAGGAUUGACCCAACUCUCAGCUCUAAAGCUCUAAUCAAAGUGAGAGAGAAUUCUACAGAUGCAAGAAAGCAUGACAGUUCAACUUUCAAACGCAUUGAGCCAAUUCUCCUAAGUAGUUCGGCUUUUCUGAACUUCUUCUUACUAUUCAUAACCUGCUUUCUUGUUUUGCGCAUUCUCAAUUACCGAAAAGCAAAUGCGAAUAUGCUCUACCCGGUCAUUCAAGGGAUUAAUCUGAAAUGUUUUACCUACACGGAGUUAAAACAAGCUACCAACGGAUUCACGGAAGAACUAGGACGUGGUUCGUUUUCAACAGUUUUUAAAGGAGUUUUAGCAUCUGAUAAUGGGAAAUGUGUUGCUGUUAAACGACUGGACACGACGGUUGGAGAGAAUGAUUUGAAAUUCAGAGCAGAAGUGAGCUCCAUUGGCAGAACAAAUCACAGAAAUCUAGUCCAACUAGUAGGGUUCUGCAACGAGAGGCAAAACCGAAUUCUUGUGUACGAGUUUAUGAGCAAUGGCUCCCUAGAAAGCUUUCUUUUUGGAGGGUCAAGGCCAAGUUGGUGCAAAAGAAAGGAAAUUGCCUUGGGAACUGCAAGAGGGCUCUUGUAUUUGCAUGAGUUAUGUAGCAGCCAAAUCAUUCAUUGUGACAUUAAGCCUCAAAACAUUCUUCUAGACGACUCCUUCACUGCAAGAAUCUCUGACUUUGGAGUGGCCAAGCUAUUGAUGAUGGAUCAAACUCGUAUGGCUACUAAAUUCCGGGGAACAAAAGGGUAUGCGGCUCCUGAAUGGUUCAAAAGCUUGCCUAUCACAGUGAAGGCGGAUGUUUACAGCUUUGGCAUUUUGUUAUUAGAGAUUGUUUGCUGCAGGAAGCAUUAUGAAGCAAAGAUAGAGCAUGAAGGACAGAUGAUACUAGUUGAUUGGGCAUAUCAUUGCUCUCAGCAAAGUAAACUGCAACUGCUAUUCGAGAAUAAUGAGGCAAAGGAUGACAUCGAGGAGAUGGAAAUGUAUUUGAAGAUCGCAUUUUGGUGCAUUCAAGACAAUCCAGCAUUUCGACCGACCAUGAAGAAUGUCACACGAAUGCUUGAAGGAAAUGUUGAAGUCUUAACCCCACCAAGUCCAUCCUCACUACAGGUUCAAUGGAAGUGA